AUGGGCAAGAAGAAGCAAGUGCGCAAGUUUGGCGAGGUCAAGCGCAUGCUCAACCCGAAGGAUGAUCGGUUGAAAGCCAACGCUGCGGUGACUACGGCAGCGAAAAAGGCUUCUACGAGUGGGCAGAAGCUCACGCCGGACGGUACGGUGGUGCGGCACAUCUCGACGCCGGCCUCGUCGAUGUUCUUCGAGCACAACACGCAGCUCGGCCCGCCGUACCGUGUGCUCGUCGAUACCAACUUUAUCAACUUUGCGCUGCAAAACAAGAUCGAGCUUGUGCAGGGGAUGAUGGACUGUCUGUACGCAAAGAGCAUUCCGUGUAUUACGACGUGUGUCAUCAGCGAGCUGGAGAAGCUUGGGCCCAAGUACCGGAUCGCAUUGCGCGUCGCAAGGGACCCGCGCUUCGAACGCCUGGAGUGCAGCCACAAGGGCACAUACGCGGAUGACUGCAUUGUCGAGAGGAUCACAAGUCACAAAUGCUACAUCGUCGCGACGUGCGAUCGAGAGCUGAGAAGGAGGGUCCGAAAGGUCCCCGGUAUCCCGCUCAUGUACAUCGCAAGCAGACAGUUCAGGAUCGAACGUCUUCCCGAUUCAGGCAUGGCCCAGUAA